AGGAAAUGUACUGUAGAAGAUAUAUAAGGGCUGAGAAUUGAGAAACCAUAAGGUCAGGCUUAAUAUCUCAAUUCUCAACUACUAUUUAACCAAAAAAAAAAAAUAUAUAUAUAUAUAUAUAUAUAUAUCUCAACUACUAAGAGAUUAGUAGCAUGUGAACAGAUUUUAGAGGAUGGAUUUGGGUGAUUUCCUGAAAAGGUCAAGCGUAGAUUUGUGGAUGCUCAUGGAAGCAACAAUCACCGUGGCUUCUUGGGAUGAGUACCGUAGUGAAUUAAAGCAUCGAAAGGAAAGUAUCGUGGAGCUGAUCAAUAAGGCAACAAUGGGUCCUCUUUUGUCCCCAACAAAGUGCCACGCUGCUAUGGUUGAGUUGGUUGAGCUCUACAACGACUACGAUGGUGAUGAUCACGAGUACCACGAUGUGUUGGUAAAAUUGGAUGAGCACAAGAACAAGAUUCUUGACAUAAAGGAGCGUCUUGGUAGUCUUGAUCAUCAGGAGUCCAAAGCUUCUUUGGUUGAGUUGCUCGAGAGUAUAGUAGACAUGAUUGGAGAGCAAGUGAGACGAUUAAAGAAGCCUGAAAAUGAAAGGUUAUUGGCAACUCGCGUACUUGUGGGCAGGUGGGUUGGUAUUGUAGAUGAAUGGUUAAAGUUGGAUGAGACUAGAAAUCAGGUUAAUGUGGCUGAUCACCAAGUUCUGAAUGAGAGUAGUUUCGAACAACAACAACCACAACCGAAGCAGAAGUUGAAGUUGAAGUUCAGGCCCAAGAAAAACGAAGCUGAAGGAGCUGCUCCUCAAAAUAGAGAAAGAAACGGGGCUCCUAAUGAAGAAAAAUCUGUCCGUGAAUCUUCUCCUCUUCCUCCAAAAAAGAGAAGAGGACCAGAGUAGAUCAGUAAUAUUGUAAAGGAACCUAAGGUGGCUUACAGAUUCUAGAGUUGCUCACCUAGUGAAUGAAAUUGAUGCUCUGUUGGAUAGAUUAGAUGAAUGAGCGCCCACUUGUGCAUGUCAGACGAAUAUGAUUCCUGUAGCGUAUGAAUUUUCAAGAUUGUUGUUUUCUUUGUACCUUUUCUUUGUUUUCUUUUUCUUUUUUCUUUUCUUUUAAAGGGAAAGAGCAAUGGAAUGUAUUUGAUCUCAUAUUCUGAACAGAGAUG